CAGUGGCUCGUUCCUUCAGACCGAGUUGUAUUCAUUCAGAAUCGAUAAAAAAAAUGAUACGAAAGUUGUUAUUUGCUGGAGUUUUAAUCGUUGUAUUUUACGGAAUUGAUAGAAAUCUUGUUAACGCUGAUGAGGAUGAUGAGAAUUUAGAUCUUUAUCCAGACGCAAUUGAUGUGACGGAAUCAAGGAAGGACGACGAGAAAGAUAAAGACGAUGAUAAAAUGGAAAAGAAACAAGAAAAGAGAACCUGGGGAUACUCUGGUUGGUGGCGUCGUGGUCGUCGCUAUGGCAACAGAAAAUACAGGAAAAUCAGAACUUAUUUCAGGCGCUCGUCUUACCCUUAUUAUUAUAACGGAUGGAGGAAGUAUUACAGAUACAGAAAGCCCGCCGUGAAACCAAGCACAACCCCGCAACCAGUAACAACAACUCCACAACCAACAACGACAACCCCGCAACCAACAACGACACCAAAACCUCAAUGCCUCGAAGGUAGCACCGUUGUCGACGAAUGUCAGCGGUCAUGCACAUGCCACGCGGGAAAGUUGAAGGACUGUUACCGAGUUCGUGGUGAAUUCACCCACAUCCCAAAGGAGGAGCGCCUGCGUUACCUGCAGGCUGUGCAGGCUAUAUCCACUCAGGCGCAAUACAAGGGGAGGUACGAGGCAUUGCUUGCGUUACAUUUGGAAUUUUUUCGCACUCCCAUUCACAAGGCGCCGAAUUUUUUACCCUGGCACCGCUGGUUCGUCUUACAGUACGAGAAUCUCUUACGUGAGGUCGAUUGCAGAGUGACCGUGCCUUAUUGGGACUGGUCCCUAGUCUCCGCAGACCCGUUCAACAGUGAUUUCUGGAACGACACCUACGGCUUUGGCGGAAACGGUAUCGCUUUCCCUCCCUGCGUGAGAACCGGACCCUUCGGUAUUCUCAACAACUGGACGAUCCCAUACGGGGGGUGCUUGCAAAGAAACUUCAUACCAACACCGGGGGUAGUCCCAAACAUUGUAGCGGUCGCUCAAACUUUGGCUAAAAAUUUGACGCAGUUUUUCGACUUUGAAUUAAUGCUUCGAGUCAAUCUCCACGAUGUUGUGCAUUUUGCAAUCGGAGCUUUGAUGAUCGGCGAGCAAAGCGCGGUAGCUCCCGAGUUCUUCCCGAUUCACUCCUUCGUGGAUAAGAUCUGGGACGAAUGGCAGGCGAAGGGCAACUUGUACAGAUUUCACGAGUCCUAUUUGGCGCAGAAUUUUACAAUGCCUGGGACGAGUUUUAAGAGCGUGGAGCUUUUGAACAACGAAGCGUUACCAGAGUGCGUCAAGGUCAAAUACGCGCCGCCUGGUCUAGGGAACUGGGAAGGACUUAUUGAGGAUCUGAAGAAGAUGGCUGAAAAUGAUCCAGGCAAGCUCCGGGAUCUACCGCGCAUGGCAAUGGCAAAGAUCAACGUGAAGACAUUCGAGGCUUUCCACGUGAGCAAGGAGGAGAGAGCACGUGCGAGGAGAAUGGAGCUGGACAUGGAGACGAAACAUCCAGUGGAUACGACACAGUUGGAAGGAAUGGAAAAGAUGAUCGGAGUGAAGGCCUCAGAUAUUAAGAAAAUGAUGGAAAAAACUGUUCGUGUAUAGAUUGUGUCAUUAUAGACAAUUAUUUGGGCGUAAGAAAUGUACAUAAGUCAGUUUCGUUGGAGUAGUUAUUAUCCCGG